CUGUAGCUCGAUAAUAGCGCCGUGUUGCUGCUUCAGAUUUGUUUAUUUGCUUCUUAAUCAGCCCUGAACUUGGUUUUAAUGUUGUUGUAACUUUUUUGAAAGAAUGAAAACCAGAGAAUCGCCGCCGCCGGUUCACGUCCACGUACCGGAGACCACACCUGUACAUGUUCACAUGAGAAGGAGUCCCAACAGAACCCCGCAGCAGAAUGUGGCUAAAGGAGAUGGAGGGAGGCCAAAGGUCCGGCAGCCGUGGAUUCCUCCAGGAAGACUGUCCUGCCGGAGAGAUUUGGGCUCCUACAAGAGCCAGACAAGCCGAGCGCAGCAUCAGUCAGACAGUGGGAUCAGACAUCAGCGUGAUGCAGAGGAGCCCGACGAAGAGUUUGCUGCUGUUUCAAAAAACCUCAGUGUCCUACUUAGAGAGCAAGAAAGCAUUCGCCGUUCAAAGAGGUCUGAUUCUCAGGGUCAACACAGAGAGACAGACGUGCUCCUCCGAGCUCUAGUUGAGGCAGAAAUCGAUGGCGUUGCUGUAGCUAAUCAGCUGACAACCCUGAGGGAAGCUAUCGACAGCCUCACCAAGGACAAACGUCUGUCAAAAAUUCACGCCGCCUCUCUGGGACGUCAGCGGGAGUUGCUGCUGGAGAAGAUAGAGAUGUUCGACAACACCAAUCACAGCCUUCGAGAGCUCCUCAGAGAGUGGAGCGAACAAGAGAAAGAAUGGCUGGUGUGGCUGGAACAGAAAGACGCCUUAAAGAAGCGGCUGGCUGACAGCGAAGCAGACAACAUCAGACUUUUGGCCAAACUCACCAACAAGGAGAAAGAAGCCUUUAAGCUCGCUGAGCAUUUGGACUUUGAAAAGGACAACGCAAAGACGACGGAGGAGCUUUCGAGGAUCCUUCAGUCGACCCGAAACCAUCUGGAGUCUCAGCUGGACCGAGCCGAGGCUGAAAAGGCCCAUCUGGCCGCUCAGAUUCAGAGGAUGCAGCAGAGCGACGAGCAGCAGCAGGAGGAACUCCAGCUUCUGCAGGAGGAGCUUCAGACUCUGAGGCAGCAGAAGCAGGACGAGGAGCAGAAACAAGACCAGGAAGCUCUGGUUCUUCUGACCCAGCAGGCCGAGCGAGCCGAGGAGUCCAACAGGCAGCUCACAGAGAAGCUCCACGAGAAGGAAUCGCAGCUGUCUCAGGCUCUGUCCACGUCCAGCGACUGGUGCCUCCGUCACUCGAAGGAAGCAGCUGCUAAAGGACAGCUGGAGGAAGAAACCUCUGCCCUCAGACUACAGGUGACUGAGCUGAACUCUCAGCUUCACUCAGCGGAGGAGAAGAGUCGGUUGGAGAGGGAGGAGCUCAGGGAUCAGCUUCAUCAUCUCAGUGCUGAAAACGCCUCCAUCAAGCUGGACAACCAGAGACUGAAGGGCGAUGUGACGUCCUGUGAGGAGAAACUCAGGGGACUCCACUCUGAAGCUCGGCAGCUGAAAUCGUCGAUCAGAAAGUAUGAAAACCUGGUGGAGAAAUACAAGAAGAAGGUGCAGCAGGCUCGCAUUGAGUCGGAGGAGUCCUGCCUGAAGCUGGAGGUGGCCCAGAGGGAGGCCCGGGAGGUGAAGGUGAGCCUGGACAGGGAGAAGGAGCAGGUGAGGAGGGAGCUGCUGGGUCGACUCCGAGAGCUGGAGACGCUGCCGGAACGACUGAGGAGGACGGAGCUGCAGCUACGAGACGCCCAGCAGGAGGCCGACGGCCACCAGAGGAGGAACGUGGAGAACAACGCUGCGCUUUCUGAAGUCAGACACAAGGUGGAACAGCAAGGAGCUCAGCUGGAGACGCUCCAGCAGAGGAACCUGCUGCUGCAGGAGGAAAACAGCGUUCUCAAGGAGAAAAUUCACAACUUAGAGCGGAGGCUGGAGGACCUGAAGGUGGAAAACCAAGAGAUGUGUCAGACGCUCAGCCUGAAGGAAGCCGACAGUCGCAGUGUUCAGCAGCAGCUGGAGGAAAAGACUCGAGAGUGCAGCGUUGUGUCCAGACAGCUGCAGCAGACGCUGGACGACGCUCAGAGACAGGUGGACAGCAGCAUGCAGAGGGUUUUGGCCAAAGAGAAAGCGUCCCAGUCGAAGGCGUUGGACCUGCAGAGCCAGCUGAGCCGAGCCAAAACAGAACUGAGUCAAGUGCAGCGAAGCAAGGAGGAGAUGGAGCGUCGCUUCCAGAGUCAGCUGCAGAACAUGAAGGACAGACUGGAGCAGUCCGACUCGACGAACCGCAGCCUGCACAACUACGUUCACUUUCUCAAAACCUCCUACGGAAACGUGUUUGGAGAAUCUUUAGUGACGAGCUGACGGCAAAAUUCUCCAACCUUUUAUCUUCCAAACAUUUAUCCAUUCCCAAAUUACAUUUAUAAAUCAUCUGCUUUUAUCCUGAGAGUAUUAUGACGUUCGUGGAAUUAUUAAACCUUAAAACAAACAAAAAAAAAGAAUUAAGUUUUGAUUACCUGAAUUUUAUUUAAAUUCUAUUAAAUGGAGAACUUCCUUCACAAUCCUGAUGACAUUUUAACGAAAAAUCUUCUAUCAUUCAGGGUUUUUCUGACUCAGCCUAGACUUUUGAAUGUUAAUCACAACAAAUGUGUCACAUUCAGUAAUGACAAUGAGUCUGUGCUUUCCCAUUUGAAAGAAAUGUGUGUUUUUCCCUGUUAUUUUCUAGUAUUUGAUGAACAAAUAUAUCUGUUAUGCUUGAAUAAAUAAAGCUUCUGGUCAAAAACUGAA